AUGGCUGUAACAAGACUUGAUCGUUUGUUCAUCCUACUUGACACUGGAACAACACCAGUAACCAGGAAAGCAGCAGCCCAGCAGCUGGGAGAAGUGGUGAAACUACAUCCGCAUGAACUGAACAAUCUGUUAGCAAAGGUCUUGACCUACCUAAGGAGUCCAAACUGGGACACUCGUAUUGCGGCUGGCCAAGCCGUAGAGGCUAUUGUGAAAAAUAUUCCGGAGUGGAAUCCUGCGCCAAACCCUAAAGAAGAGUCUUUAUCGCCAGAAGAGCCAUCUUGUGACAGGCUGAGUUUCUACCAUUUCGACAUUUCCCGCCUACUCAAACAUGGAGCAUCUCUUUUGGGAUCUGCUGGAGUGGAGUUUGAAUUGCAGGAUGACAAAAUGUGUGAAAUGGACCCAAAAGAACGUCUGGCCUGUCAAAGAAAGCUUCUUCAGAAGAAACUGGGACUUGACAUAGGUGCUGCAAUUGGUAUGGACACAGAGGAGCUAUUUAAUGAUGAGGACCUCGACUAUACAUGUUCAUCCAGUGGGUCUCGACCACAAGGAAGCAAGAUAACCGCAGGAUCCACCUCCCGUAACCAUGUCCCUAUUCAAGCUGCAGAAUUGAUAGACUCGGAAUUCCGGCCAGGCAUGAGCAAUCGCCAGAAGAAUAAGGCAAAAAGACUAGCAAAGCUAGUUGCAAAACAAAAAUCCAGGGACUUGGAUCCAAAUGAAAAAAGUAAUGACAGUUUUGAAGGCGAGCCUGAAGAGAAGCGAAGGAAGACCACCAGCAUGGUUAUUGACCAGCCAGCAUCAGAGCAAAAAGUAUUAUUUAACAAAGUUACAGAUAACGCCGGUCUUUCAGAGGAGACACAAGAGUGGCCCUUGGAAAGCUUCAGUGAAGAGCUUUGCAAUGACCUCUUUAAUCCUUCUUGGGAGAUCCGUCAUGGUGCAGGCACUGGUCUUAGAGAAAUCCUUAAGUGCCAUGGCGCAGGAGGUGGCAAACUUGUGGGAAGCACUGCAGAGCAGAUGAUGCGGCAGCAUGAAGAGUGGAUACAAGACCUCGUCAUCCGUUUGCUGUGUGUAUUCGCUCUGGAUCGUUUUGGAGACUUUGUGUCUGAUGAGGUAGUGGCACCUGUCCGGGAGACGUGUGCUCAGACACUUGGUGUUGCUCUUCGCUACAUGAGUGAGACGGGUGUGUCUAUGACAGUUGAUGUCCUGCUGAAGCUGCUCAAAGAAGACCAGUGGGAGGUCCGUCAUGGAGGCCUGCUUGGAAUCAAAUAUGCUCUUGCUGUCCGACAGGACCUAAUCUCCAUUUUGCUCCCACGCCUGCUACCUGCCAUCACCUUGGGUCUUCAGGACCUUGAUGAUGAUGUCAGGGCUGUGGCUGCUGCAGCACUCAUCCCUGUGGUAGAAGGCUUAGUACAGAUACUGCCCAAUAAGGUACCAUUCAUCAUAAACACAUUGUGGGAUGCUCUUUUGGAUCUGGAUGAUCUCACUGCUUCCACCAACAGCAUCAUGACGUUGUUAUCGUCCCUGCUCACCUACCCGCAGGUUCGACAGUGCAGUAUGCAGCAGUCAUUAACAGUGCUGGUCCCCCGGGUCUGGCCCUUCUUGAGACAUACAAUAUCAUCAGUGAGACGGGCAGCACUAGAAACACUUUACACACUGCUGUCUAAAUCUGACCAGAAGUGUGCAUUAUGGAUCAAUCCUAUCAUGCAAGAUAUGCUUCGCCACAUUUUCCAGUCUUGCAUACUAGAAAGCAAUGAGGAAAUUCUAGAACUCAUACAAAAGGUAUGGACAGAGCUUCUCUCACAGGCCCCGCAACAGUAUGUGGUAGCAGCCAGCUGUCCGUGGAUGGGUGCCUGGCUUUGUCUCAUGAUGCAGGCCUCGCACAUUCCCAUUGACCUCAACAUGUUGCUUGAAGCGAAAGCCCGCUCCAAGGAUAAAGCUGGUUCAAAGGCACGCCAAGCGACCAACCAGGUAAAGGAAACAGUCCAGAAGUAUAUAGCUGGGUCAGAGACGGUGACUGAUGACCCAGUAUCGAGGGACUAUGUGGUGAUCCGUGCUCGGCUCAUGGCUGCCAAAUUGCUCGGAGCCCUGUGUAGGUGUAUCUGUGACCCUCACCUCAAUGCUGCAACUCAGGAGAUCCGUCCAGCUGAGUCGCUGGGUCAGUUGUUGCUCUUUCACCUCAAUUCAAAGUCUGCACUGCAACGAAUAGCUGUAGCUCUUGUACUCUGUGAGUGGGCUGCUCUUCAAAAGGAUUGCCAGAUGGUGUCCAGCACGGUGCAGCCUCGUCUUCUCGCCAUUCUAUCAGAGCACUUGUAUUACGAUGAGAUUGCCAUUCCUUUCACACGCAUGCAAAAUGAGUGCAAGCAGCUCAUCGCCUUGCUCUCUGAGGCUCACAUAGACAUUCAGGACCGCCUCAAUUGUAGCGUUUUCACCAUUGAUCAAGCCAACGAGCUGUUGACCACCAUCUUCACAGAAUCAACAUCCGGUUUGAAUAUGAAGACAAAACCGGGGCAGGUAUUGGACAGUAAACGGCAGCAGGCACAGGCCACAGUAAUGGAAACCAGUAAUGAAUGGCAGCAGUUGCAUCUCCGGGUUCACAUGUUCACCGCUUGUGCUGUGAUUAACCUCCACGUGCUUCCUGACAAACUCAACCCACUGGUCCGACCUCUGAUGGAGUCCAUCAAACGGGAAGAAAAUACUCUUAUUCAGAGCUAUGCUGCUUCUUUUAUUGCCAAGCUGCUACAGCAGUGUGGCGGACGCUCACCUUGUCCCAAUCCCAAGAUAAUAAAAAACCUCUGUGCCUCAGUCUGUGCGGACUCUUCCGUUACUCCCUCAUCUGCUUGUCCUGUACCCACCCCACUGGACAAUUCUAAAGGCAGUGGUUUGGACAAAGACUGGCCCCAUCAUAUGGUUACCAAAACUCGAGGCAUUAUGACACUGUACCGUCAUCAAAGGGCAGCAUUUGCAAUCACAAGUAAAAGGGGUCCUGUUCCUAAAUCCUCCAAAACUCCCCCUUCUGAUCUUCCUCCCGGCAGCGCAAUUGGCAUAGAGAAUGAUGAGCGAAAGCCGUGUCUCAUUCAAAGAAGAGGGGCAGAGUUUUCCCUUACAACCAUUGCAAGGCACUUUGGCGUUGAUCUCACAAAGUCUCUGCCUUACCUUUGGGAGAACACAGUGGGACCUCUGAGGGCUGUCGUUGAUGAAAAUCAUGAUAUCGAUAGGCAGAUUCAGAUGGAAAGAGGCGAUGUUGCAGCUCAGGAACUGGUAAACUCGCUACAAGUGCUUGAAGUCAUGACUGGAGCCAUGUCCCCUGACCUCAAACCUCUGCUGCUGGAACACCUUCCUCAUCUCUUUACCUGCCUGCAGCAUCCUUACACAGCAGUGCGUCACAUGGCAGCACGGUGUGUUGGUGUACUUAGUAAGAUUUCCAUGCUGGAGACCAUGGAUGUUUUUCUUGAGUGCGUACUACCCUGGUUAGCUGCUAUUCAUGACUGCACCAAACAGGAGGGUGCCAUCGAAGCUUUGGCUUGUGUUAUGGAGCAGUUGGAUGUUGAUAUUGUGCCCUACAUCGUACUGCUGGUAGUACCGGUGUUGGGCCGUAUGAGCGAUCCCAGUGACAGUAUUCGUUUUAUGGCCACGCAGUGCUUUGCUACGCUCAUCCGCCUAUUGCCGCUGGAAGCAGGAAUACCUGACCCUCCUGCCAUGUCUGCCGACCUGAUCCGCCAGAAGGCCAGAGAGCGACGCUUUUUGGAACAGCUGCUAGACAGCAGAAAGUUGGAGAAUUAUGUCAUCCCUGUGCCUAUUAAGGCAGAGUUAAGGAAGUACCAGCAGGAUGGUGUUAAUUGGCUAUCCUUUCUAAACAAGUACAAACUGCAUGGUAUUUUGUGUGAUGACAUGGGCCUCGGCAAGACUCUGCAGUCUAUCUGCAUACUCGCAGGAGAUCACUACCUCAGGGCUCAAGAAUAUGCCAAGACGAAGGCGGCAGACUGCAGCCCUCUUCCGUCACUAGUGGUGUGCCCGCCAACACUGACUGGUCACUGGGUGGAUGAGGUGGGCAAGUUCUGUGCUAGAGAGUACCUCAAUCCUUUGCACUAUACAGGGCCGCCUACAGAGAGAAUGCGUUUACAACACCAAGUGAAAAAACACAAUCUUGUAGUUGCCUCUUACGAUGUUGUUCGAAACGACAUUGACUUUUUUAAAAAUAUCAAAUUCAAUUAUUGUAUUCUUGAUGAAGGUCACAUCAUCAAAAAUGGCAAAACCAAACUUUCUAAAGCUAUUAAACAAUUGGCUGCCAACUUCCGUGUCAUCUUAUCAGGAACUCCAAUUCAGAAUAACGUUCUAGAGCUCUGGUCUCUUUUUGACUUCCUCAUGCCGGGCUUCCUCGGGACGGAGCGCCAGUUCGCCGCACGUUAUGGCAAACCAAUCCUGGCCAGUCGUGACGCCAAAAGUUCUUCACGGGAACAGGAGGCUGGUGUCCUGGCAAUGGAGGCCCUUCAUCGGCAAGUGUUACCCUUCCUCUUGAGAAGAAUGAAAGAGGAUGUGCUACAAGACCUUCCUCCCAAAAUAAUUCAGGACUACUACUGCAACUUGAGUCCUUUGCAGGUUCAGCUUUAUGAAGACUUUGCCAAGUCUCGCGCUAAGGCGAACAUCGACGACAGCAUCUCUGUUACCUCUGCAGAGCAGGAGGAGAAACCCAAACUGAAGGCCACAGGCCAUGUUUUCCAGGCCCUGCAGUACCUGCGCAAGCUGUGCAACCACCCGAGCUUGGUUUUGACACCACAGCAUCCAGAGUACAAACGCGUCACCGAGCAGCUAGCGGGCCAAAACUCCAACCUCCGGGACAUUCAGCAUGCUCCAAAACUCUCUGCACUAAAACAGUUACUCCUUGACUGUGGAGUUGGUGGUGGCGGAGGUUCCGAAGGAAGCACUGAGGCGGUGGUGGCUCAGCAUCGGGUGCUCAUUUUCUGUCAGCUGAAGAGUAUGUUGGAUAUCGUCGAGCAUGACCUCCUGAAACCCAAAAUGCCUGCUGUCACCUACUUGAGACUGGAUGGGAGCGUGCAGGCAGGCCUGCGCCACUCCAUCGUCUCUCGGUUCAACAACGACCCGUCCAUUGAUGUGCUGUUGCUGACCACGCAUGUUGGCGGUCUUGGUCUGAAUUUGACUGGCGCUGAUACGGUGGUGUUUGUGGAACAUGACUGGAACCCUAUGAGGGACCUGCAGGCCAUGGAUCGCGCACACAGGAUAGGCCAGAAACGGGUGGUGAACGUGUAUAGGCUGAUUACUCGGGGCACCCUGGAGGAGAAGAUAAUGGGUCUCCAGAAGUUCAAGAUGAAUAUCGCCAACACCAUCAUCAGCCAGGAGAAUGCAAGCCUACAGAGCAUGGGAACAGACCAGCUCCUCAACCUGUUCACUCUUGACAAGGGUGACCAAGGUGAGAGGGGUGAACAGUCUACUUCAACCUCAGGAAAGGCCUCCAUGAAAUCUGUACUGGACGGUCUAGGAGAGCUCUGGGACCAGCAGCAGUACGACAGCGAGUACAACUUGGACAGUUUCAUGCACUCCCUGCAAUAG